CUUCUGACAGCGUCUAGAAGUUGCGAGGAGGCGCGACAGUGCCUCAGGCGCAUCCUGUCAUAUCAGUUAUUUGACAUAUUAUCCUUCUAAAGGGUUGAUAGAAACCGAUCAAGAAGUAGUCUGCCACAUCCAUCGCGACACAACCUUGAGAGCAGCGACCGCUAUGUUUAUCCUAGACUACCUUACAAGCCGGCGGCCAAGCCCUACCCAAAACUCGGAUGUUCCUCAUAGCUUUGCCAACGAGACCGUUGAAGCGCAGCAUCAGCAAGCUCCUUCUCAGAAGCAGCUCGCUGCGCAGCGAUCAAACUUGCCUCCUUAUCUACAACUUUAUGAGGCUCCUGCGCAUGUCAGGUCGCGCCCACCCCCAGCGCAAGGCGUGUCUCCAGCCGGAGGCAUCCCAUCGGGUGAUGCUACAGGAACAUCAACCCAGUCGAGCCCUCAGGCCAUCCCCGUAUCCGAACCACAGCAAGCAGCAGCUCCGAUGUCCGCUCUUUCAGCGGUUGAAGCGUCGGUGCCAGAGGAUGCUGUCGCUGCUGCUGCCGCUCCAGCAGGCCCUGUGGGCCUCAAAGACUGCCGCUCUCGCGCCUGCGCGGGCGUGCUAGAUACCUUCAAGCGCGCAGUCGUCAAAGGUGGCGUUAGCACCAGCAGUAGCAGUAGCAGUAUCCCUGCGGUAGCGGCUGCUUCUGCCUUAGAAAACGCCAGCCCUAGCCCCGCUUCUGCUUCUGCUUCAUCGGAUACGACAAGCACCACCAGCAACAAGUCCGCUAGCACCAGCACCACCACCACCAUCAGCACCAGCAGCAGCGAAGAGGAGUGGCCUCGCAACGUGGAGUGCCCGCCCGACACCUGGCAGCUGGGUCGGGCCUCCUGGACCUUCCUGCACAGUGUUGCGGCGCACUAUCCGCAGCAGCCCACGGACCGGCAGCAGCAGCUGAUGCGGGGCUUCAUGGAGGCGCUUGCGGAGUUCUACCCGUGUGAGGUCUGCGCGGAGCACCUGAGGGAGCAAUUUCGCGCCAGUCCGCCUCGCGUGGCGACGUCUCAGGAGCUCAACCUGUGGCUGUGCGGCAUACACAAUGAGGUGAAUGAGAUGCUCGGCAAGCCGCGGUUCGACUGCUCACGGGUCAUGGAGCGCUGGCGGGACGGCCCGGCGGACGGCUGGUGCGACUAGGCCGUGUACGGCGUAGCAGAGCAGGGCAGCGGGCUGGGUGGCGGGUGGUGCUAGGAGAGGAGAGUCGACAUGAUAGCAG